CCAGUCUGAAAGCAAAACACGUCAUGUUUUUGUAUGUUGACUUUUGAGCAUCGGUUUUUGAAAGGUAUCUUCUCCGUGCAAUAACUUCAAGUGAUAUGCAGUAUUGAUUUUCCAUCAAAUUUGGAAUACCCACAUCUAAUAUAAUUCUGAAUUCAUAUCGAAUACCCAUAUCAUACUUUUUGACUACCUGGUACGUAAUACUUCGCUAUUUCUUACUUCCCGACUGUAUGCAGCAAAACAAUACAUGUUCACUCUGCGUGGGUGUUUUUAUCAGAUUGUCACAAAUCAUUAAAAUGGAGCCUCUGGUAGAGGAAACACAAGAGAAAAUGACGUCGGAGCCAAUUUCAGUGUUCCAAAUAAUAAUGAAGUCGGGGCCGGUGAUGCUGCUUCUCACAAUGCUGACCAUCUUCCUUGCCCACAAGUGGAUUCAGAAGAAGAGGGCGCUAGUGGACGAGGCGGAGGAGAUUGACCCCGAGGUGCGUAGAGCUCGUCUCCAGGCGGUGCGGGAGGCGCGCGAGCGGCAGCAGCGCGAGUGGGAGGAGGCGUCCAAGAAGAAGCAGGAGGAACAGGCGGAGAAGGAGAAAAAGAAACGUGCUGAAUUGAAAGAGAAGUUGGAGAAGUACGGUACGGCUGCGGGCGGAAGGAAAUUGGGCACGCCCGAUGAUGGCUACCUCCCCCUAAGUGGUGGGGGGGCAACGUCGUCAUACAAGCCACCGAAGCGGUCCGCCUGCUCGAAGGGGGGGUGUGGGAAAUAGACUUGGUUUUCUAUUAACAUACUUUUUUAUAUAUUGUAGGGUACUUGUAGAAUUUCAUAUGAGUUCCGUAUUCAAGAUGGCUGGAGCGGAUGUGACGUCACGUUACACAAAUAAAUAAUAAAGUUCGAUAUGAUAUGUUUGUUUUAUUUGAUUUUGUAUCGAUUUUUUGCUUUUUGCCCGUAAUUUUAUUUAUAAAGAAGGUAAAUAGCGAAAAUUAAACGAUUUUGAAUUUUAUUUAAAAUUUUAUAUUAUUUUUUUUUUAUUCCACGCGCUGUAAAUCAAAAUUUAUCUAAAAUAAUUUAGCAGUUAUGUCGUCAGUGGCGGACUUACAAAUUUUCAGGGUAUAGGCUGAAUAGUUUUUGCCGCCCUUGCCUCAACAAUUGUCAUUUCAUACAUUAUUUUUACAAUGCAAGUGGAAAUUCGCUACUCCCGAAAUGUGCAGUGACAAGCGAGAGAGAAAUCACAUCAUCAGCUGAAAACCGUCAUGGAAAAAUCUUUUUGGUUUCUAUGAGGUGAAAAAAAAAAAAAAAAAUUCGUUCCCCAAAUUUGCCGCCCCCAAAAUCUGCCGCCCUAGGCUCGAACCUCCUCAGCCUGCUGGUAAAUCCGCCACUGUAAGUCGUAACGUCACACGCCGUUUGCAUCAAUGGAAAUAAACUCCACAAUUGUAAUCUUUAUAAUAAAAAAUUAAAAACCA